AUGAGCGGCCAGCUCCCCCCGAUCGACGUCGGGCCGCCUCAACCUCCCGACACCGAAGGUCACGACGGAGGCGCCGCGCGGACGGAGGGAUGGCAGACCGCGCGGAGGCGGACGGUAUCCUCCCCCGGACCCCCAUCCUCCAAGUCCUCGCCGAGGGCGCCGCCCGCGUUUCCUCAGCGCGAGCGCGCGCCGGCGCAGGCGAGGCAGACGGUCGGGCACGUGGGCAUGACGGUAGUUCAGGCGAGGCGGUGGCAACCCCCGGCGCCGAGCGAUAACAGCUGGACGGGCAACAACGCGGCGGCCGCCGGGGCUCUCGGAUCGCCCAACGUUUCGAUGCUGGCGCCUCCGCCCACGCCGUUCACCCCGCCGGGGACGGGCGCGCAGCCGCGCGCCUCGCAGGUCAUGAUGCACUCCAUGCUCGCGGCGUCGAAGUUUAAGGCUAACAAGGGUCCGCCGAAGCGACCGGACCCGCUCCGGAGCGUGCCGGUGCGCGAGACCCCCGCGGCGACGCCCACGAGGAGCCCGUCGCAGCGAGCCGACGAGUCGCCGGGACCCAAGUCCCCGCCCGGAACGAAGCUCACGCCCGGGCAGAAGACCGUCGUUCGGAGGAGCGACACGCCGGUGAAGAAGGACGAGGACGUUCUGGCGGAGUUUGGGGGUUUCCUCGAGAAGCCCCUCGGGUUCUUCGGGUUCACGAUGGCGGACAAGCGAAAGGCGAUGUUCACAAUCGCCUUCCUCGCGUUCUUCCUCGUCAUCCUCUUCAUCGUCCUUGCGACCGCGGAAACGGACGACUCGAGCAGCGCCCCGUCCGGGGUACCGCCAUGGCCCGCGUGGCCUCCUUGGCCCGACGCGCCGUCGCCCCCGCCGCCCCCGUCGCCGCCGUCGCCGCCGCCGAGCCCGCCGGCGCCGCCCCCGCCGCCCCGGCCGCCGCCGAGCCCGCCCAAUCCGCCCCCGCCGCUCCCGAGCCCGCCGCCGCCGUCGCCCCCGCAUCCCCCUCCCCCGCCCACCGCGUGCGGCAGCGACGGGCAGUGCUUGAUAAAAGGGGACGGCACGAACCAGUGCGUGUUUUCGCAAGCCGGUGGGAACGACAUCGUCUGUUACGGGUCGGAUGGGAACUUGCUCGUGGCGACGGGGUCGCCGGGGAACCUGAUGUGCUCGGGUCUGACCUGCUACCACAGCCCGGCGAGGACGAGUUACUGCGCGUGCUGA